GUCAAUUUUACUCAUCGCUCUCAUAAAUAUUUUAGUCGUACAGGAACAAUAUCAUUAAUCGUUAUCAUUUACAAUUUGGAAGAAGUCUCAAGAGAUUAAUAAUUCUAAUUUCGUGUUUGUCAGUUAUUGCUUAAUCGCCGUUGUGAAAUUGUCAGUUCCAAAAAAUCUCGAAAAAAUACAUUAAAGAUGCAGAUCAAAGUUGGAAUCAUUGGAGGCACUGGACUUGAUAAUAACAGAGAAUUGAUUGAACAACGUACUGAAAUAGUUAUUGAUACAGCAUACGGGUCAGUUCCUGUAAUUGAGGGUGUAAUAAGUGGAGUCAACUGUGUACUAUUAGCACGACAUGGCAAAUCACACAAUGUAAUGCCUUCGAAUGUUAAUUAUCGUGGAAAUAUCAUGGCUUUGAAAAUUCUCGGAUGUACCCAUGUCAUAGCAACAACCGCGACAGGAUCAUUGAAGCAAGAAAUUGCACCCGGAUCUAUUGUCAUCCUUAAUGAUGCCAUUGAUAGAACUAAAAAUAGAGUAUCCACAUUCUAUGAUGGCUCUGAUUUAUUCCCAGGAGUUUGUCAUCUACCAAUGUCACCAUUGAUGGACGAAAAAACACGUCAAAUAAUCAUUGAUACAGCUAAAGAAUUGGGAAUUGAAGUAUUCAAAGAUGGAACUGCUGUUUGUAUCGAGGGUCCACGUUUUUCAACGAAAGCUGAAAGUAAUAUGUUUAGAUCUUGGGGAUGUGAUUUAGUGAACAUGACAAUCGUUCCUGAAGUCGUUUUGGCUAAGGAACAAGGCCUGUUAUACGCAUCAAUCGCUAUGGCAACUGAUUAUGACUGUUGGAGAGAAAAUACUGAUGGUCGCGUAUGCGUUGAGGAAGUUAUGGCUACAUUUAAAAAUAAUGUAGAAAAAGUCACCAAAAUAAUUCUUGGCGUUAUUCCAAAUAUAGCUAAGCUUGACUGGACAGAAACUAUUCAGGAUUUAAAUUCAUUGAUCACUGGAUCUGUCAUGUUACCUGAUCAAUACAGCAAGUAAAAAUUUGCCUCAAACAUCAGGGAAGUUGAAAGUAAAUAACAAUUAGUUUCAACUAUAAAUAUACACGUUUGCAUUUGAUUCCUUAAAACUUUUAAAGCACUUAAUUCGAAUAAUAUAUUGCACAUGAUUUGUGACAAUUUAAACUUAAAAUAUGUCUCAGUGUUGUUGAGAAUGGGUUUCAACAAUAAAGCUUUGAGUGCUGAUGACUCAGAAUAAUAAAAUUUACGAAGUAAGUUUGGUAAGCUUAAUUAACAGUGUCAGUGCUUUUAUUCAAAUAUAAUUGUUUAUAAGACCUAUAUUUAACAAAAAAUAUAAGAAUUAUAUCGUGAC